GAGCCUGCGCUGGAUCGGAGGAAGGAAGGAAGGAAGCAAGGCAAGCAAGGCUCGGGCUCGAGGCUCUGCAUGCGACCUGCAAUUCUCGACAUCGCCGGAGAAGCAGAAUGUUUUCGCUCUCGUGAUCGCUGCGUGCGAUUGAUUGAUUGAGUUUCUCUCCCUCCAUGGGCGAUGGUCUAGAUUUCUUCACCGCGCAACAAACAGCUAGCGUCGAUUCACCGCGAUGGGCAAUUCCCAAGAUCGUUCGAGAUGGACCCCCGAAUUCGAAGAAGCCUCCAAGAGGUUUCAUCAGAUAGGUCUGCAAGCUUUGAGAAAGUUGUAUGUUUCUUUGGCUGCGCAGUCCAGGAGUCACGGAAAAUUCAUCAGUGCUUCCGCAUUUCAGGCUUAUUUCGGAAUCCAUGGAGCUCUUGGGAAUCGUUUGUUUGACGUUGUAACUCAAAUGCGCAAGGACCAGUGCAUGUACUUUGAAGACUUGGUGAUUGCCAAGGCUAAAUAUGAAAAGGGUGGGCCCAGUGAAAUUGAGGAGUUCGAGUUUCAGCUUUUGGACUUGACUGGAGAUGGCAAAAUUCAGAGAACAGAGGUGGAGGCUGUCAUUAUAUCUGUACUGGCGACUGUGCUCGGCCCAAGUGAUGCAGUAGUGGAUGCAGGCCUCCCGGAGGAAGUCUUACGAGCCUUUUUGAAUGCAGCUGAUUUUUCCUUGCAGCCAGAAAGUGAAGGAGAAGAGCCAUGUAUGACUUCACAGGAUUUUCGAAAUUGGCUGGAAAUGAUUCCGUCUAUUAAGAAGUUUCUCAGCUCUUUGUUGAAAGCACCGCACGCAGAUGAAGUAAUAGUUGGUAGACAGGUACCUACGUUGCUCGUCCCUGAGGGUUCAGAACACAGUACUCUUCUAAGGAAAGAGUAUGCAUGGCACAUUGCGGGACCACUACAACAGCAGGAAUCGCAGGAGUGGGUUCUUCUGUAUCACAGCUCUGUCAAUGGACUCAGUUUCAACACUUUUUUGGGGAACAUUUCAGUUGCACGAGGUUCGUCUAUCAUAGUGAUCAAAGACAAACAAGGAAAUAUUUUUGGCGGUUAUGCCAGUCACCCUUGGGAGAAACACAGCGAAUUUUAUGGUGACAUGAAAAGUUUUCUCUUUACUCUGCAUCCGAAGUUAUCACUUUACCGAUGUUCCGGGAAAAACACUAACAUACAAUGGUGCGCUGCAAAUUACGUCUCAGAGAGCUUACCUAACGGUAUAGGUUUUGGAGGCCAAAUUCAUCAUUUCGGGUUGUUUCUCGCUGCAAGUUUUGACAAAGGGCACUCUCGUCCUUCAGUCACAUUUAAUAGCCCGGCACUCUCAUCAACAUCUGACUUUGAACCUGAUACUAUCGAAUGCUGGGCAGUACUAGUGGAUACGGACGGUGACAGCCAAAGCGGUGCCGAGAAAGUCAAGGGUACCAUCUUAGAAAGAUUCAAAGAAGAGCGUCAAAUGUUGAACAUGGUCGGCAUAGCAAACGCAAGCAAUUAGGUACAUUACUGCAACCUGCAUCUCGACAUUCUCGUGGUUCUGGAGAAGUUUAGACCUGUUUUCAGUCCUAUAUGGUCAUACAAGAAUCAGUGGCAAGGAGCUCUGCUCAAAGUUCCAUAAGGGGUAGUCACUGCCGCAUCAGCCUUCUAUUACGACGUGCGACGGCUAGAAUCUGAUCGCAAAUUACCUGAGCUCAUUUCAUGUACCUUCAUAGUUAAUUUAGAUAAAUCAGUUGUAUAUGGAAAAAGGAUGGCUUCAAAUUUGGAGCUUUUCCUUCUCUCAUGUGUACCGUAAUAUGAUAUAUGAAUCCAUACGAUGGUAAUUAUUUCCGUGUUCCCAUUGCACCGCGUCUUUUAAAGACACGUAGACAAUAAUUUUCUGUCAAACUUGGAGCCAGAACAACUGCAGUCGGCAAGAUUACUCUUUAGUAUCUGAACGACAUCCUCAAUGCAGUAAAUCGGAAAGGCUGAGGACGGGCCUUAAAUUAGAUCUGUACCUUC